AUGGGCUUCAGCAGAGCAACAUUGGGCUUCACAGGCCUGUUUUUCAUGGCAGCGUCGAUUUUGCUGAUCUUCCUCACUCUGUUGGGAGGUGUACGCAACACAAAUCCUCUGAACCAAAUCUACUUCCUGCAGGCGGACACCGGAAAUAUCCCAGGCGCACCGACAACCUCGCGUUGGACAUUCUGGAACAUCUGUGGAGUGACCAAUGGCAGGAAUGAUUGCGGAGAGACCCACGUGAAUUUCCCAUUCGACCCCCCAAGCCACCGUAACUUCGACACCACCGAAAAUGUCCCUCAGGAGUUUAUCGGAACGAAGCACUACUUCUUGAUGUCGCGGUUCAUGUUCCCCUUCCUCAUCAUUGGGCUGUUCUUCGCCGUCUGCUCUUUCUUCACCGGUAUGCUGGCUAUCUGCACCCGCAUUGCCAGCUACCUCUCCGGUUUCCUGGCCUGGAUCUCUCUGACUUUCCAGGUCAUCACCACCUGUCUCAUGACUGCUGUCUUUGUCCAGGGCCGUGACGCCUUCGAGAAUAACGGUCAGGACGCAUCCUUGGGUGUCAAGGCAUACGCCUUCAUGUGGACCGCAUCUGUCUGCCAGUUCCUUUCAUGCUUGUUGUACUGCCUCGGUGGUGCCGUCGGCCGGAAAGAUACUAGCAGUGGAUACAGUGGACGCAAGGAGCGUCGCCGUGGUUUCUUCUCGUCGCAGCGCUCAAACAGCGUGAGAAGCCAGAAGAAGGAGCCUAACAACUAUGCUUAA